GUGUUAGUGUGGUAUAUAAACUGUACUAGACAUUAUUGUGUCCGAUCAGUCAAGGUUCUGAUUUCAGACGGCAAGCAAAGCGGUGUAAUUUUCAGCAGUACCUUCAAUAUCGAGAUGGCCAAACUUGUGCUAAUUGUUCUAGCUCUGUGUGUCGUGCAGGUUUCACUGGCGCGUGUUACACGAGAUGCCCCUGCCCCCACUAGCGAAGAGAAUUCAUUUUUCAAGACACUUUCGGAUAUAGGAAACAAGGUACAGGAAGCAUUUGUGGAAACUCAACAAAGUGUCCUUAAAUCGCUCGGAUUCCAAUCCAACGAAGAAGUCGUUGAAACUAUUCAGAAGAACACCAACAAGUAUGUGGAACAGUUGAAAACUAUUCAAACUACAAUUCAAGAGGAAGCCCAAAAACAGGCCAGUGUUUUCGAGCCGAUCGUGAAGGAUUUGAAUACGAGAAUAGCGGAAACGACGAAAAAGUUGACUGAGCAAAAUCCGGAGGUUGUACAGAAAGCUAAGGAGUACCAGGAAAGUGUUCAGACCAACAUACAAGCGUUAAUCAGUGAAGCGCAGAAAGCGGGUGAACGAUUAAGUGAACAAGGCCGUGGAGUAUCGGAACAGCUGCAGUCCGCUCUGAAGCAGUUAUUGGACACCACGGUCCAGACGCUCAAGAAAACUUCCAACGAGUUGGAAGCCCCAAAACCCGAAUCAUCCUAGUGCUUUUCGUAAGCUGUGUAGUAUUACGAGAUUAGUAACAUGUAAUCGAUAGUUUCCAAUAAAUGACUCAACUAAUUUACUGACUCGCCAAA